GUCAUGGGAUAACAGCAGUAAAGGAAAAAGCAGGAACUACCCUAGGAAUUCAUAAUGCAAGUUCAUCAUCUUCAGAAACAGCAGAGCCUCCUGCAGCUGAAACACCAGUUAUACCAGAAGAUUCUCUGGACCAAAGCUCUUCUGAGAAUAUUCCUUCUUCUCCUUCAUCUGGAUCUCGUGGCGUGUUGUCAGCUAUCACUAAUGCUGUACAGAACACAGGCAAAAGUGUAUUAUCUGGAGGCUUAGAUGCUUUGGAAUUUAUUGGGAAGACAACCAUGAAUGUCCUUGCAGAAAGCGAUCCUGGAUUUAAGAGAACCAAAACACUGAUGGCAAGAACAGUUUCUCUAUCUCAGCUGUUGCGAGAAGCUAAAGAAAAAGAGAAACAGAGGCGGGCCCAGCAAGUUACAGUUGAAAGAACAGCACAUUAUGGACUACUUUUUGAUGAAUUCCAAGGUUUGUCUCAUCUUGAAGCUCUGGAAAUCCUGUCAAAUGAAAGUGAAACUCAGAUUCAGUCAUAUUUAGCAACACUUGAUGGAGAGCAGUUGGAGACUGUGAAAAAUGAUUUAAUUGCUAUAAAAGAGAUUUUUAUUCCAAAGGAGUCAGAUGAUGAAGUGGUGCAGGCACAGAAAGGUUUGAGAGAUAUGGGAGAAGAGUUUGUCAGCAUGCUCACUGAACUACUGUUUGAAUUGCACGUUGCUGCUACUCCUGACAAACUUAAUAAGGCUAGGAAAAAGGCUCAUGAAUGGCUUGAAGAAGCCAGUUUUUCCACCUCAGUAGACAUAGAAGAGAAGCUAAAAGAAAAAUCUGGAGAACCUGGUGAAGAAAAGACUGAAAAAGAAGAUAAAAUUGACAGUGAUAAAACAGAAGUAAAUAAAAACAAAACUGUGGAGGAAAUCUAUAUGCUGUCCAUUGAAAGUCUGGCUGAGGUAACUGCUCGUUGUAUUGAACAGCUUCAUAAAGUAGCAGAAUUAAUUCUGCAUGGGCAGGAAGUAGAAAAAACAGCUCAAGAUCAAGCAAAAGUACUGACGAAUUUAACAAGUGCCAUGUGCAAUGAAGUUUCAACUUUAUCAAAGAAGUUUUCCGAUUCUUUAACAGCAGCUGGGAGCAGUAUGAAGGCAGAGGUUCUUAACCCCAUCAUCAACAGUGUGCUAUUAGAGGGUUGCAACAGUACUACUUAUAUCCAGGAUGCUUUCCAGCUAUUGCUUCCAGUUCUGCAAAUUUCACAUAUCCAGACCAGUUGUUUGAAAACACCAGAGUGACAGUUUCCCAGCAGUUGUCACCACGGGGCUUAACAGAAACCACAGACCUAAUGCCUUUAAUGUAUGCAGAUAGAAGAGAUGCCAUGAGAAAUGUCUGGCCACUUAGAGUCCUCUGAAGACACUAAACGCGGUUUUGCACAUACAAUAUUGAACAACAUUUUAAAACUCUUCCAGACUUUUAGACUUUAGAAGUAGUUAGUAAAGUGAGUAAUUUCUUUGCCAUUGGAGUAUAUCCUUUGCAUUAAUUUAAACUGAAGUUUAUUGAUAUGAGCAUUGACCUAAAUACGGAUUCUAAAUGUUGACCCUUUCAGUUGCAGACAAUGUGUGAAGCAAAUUAGAAUAUAAAGUUUUUAAAAACAUUUCAGCCCGAAUGACCAUUUCUAUUGUUUGCAUCCUAAUUGACAGUUAAAAAUGUGUAUUUUAAAAGUUGGUUUCAGUAUUUAAUUUUAGCCAACAUGAACAAAUUAUCA